GAGUGACGACGACCGAUCGAGACCACCCGAUCGCCACCACCUCUCAACGACUACGGCUACGGCACUCCGGCUCAAGUUCUACUGCUUUUAGUACACUCGCAGCCGCACUCCUGAUCGAUUCGCACACUGGCGCACAUUUCGCCGACCAGCAUUGUGAUCCGACUAUUUGUUUGCUCCACUGAAGUGUUGUUUUGUGUUAAAUCUGUAAUUGUUCGUGCAGUGAAAGAGUGUGAUUCCGCGAGAUCAUGAUGAGUCAACUGAGUCAAUCAAGUCGCUUCGAAAUCUCCGACGACGCGGAUGAGUUGAACCAGGAGAUUGACGAUACCAACUUCCCGCGUAGCAACUCCAUCUCCCUCGGGAAUGGAUCCCUGCCGGAGUUGAACGGCCAUGGCAACGGUAGUCCGUCCGGCGCUGCCGCCGCCGCCUCCACCGCCGCUGCCAGUGUAAGCGUCGGCGGUGGAACGACAUCGUUCGCUGCCAGACGUCGAUCCAGCAGCGUCCGGAAGGAGGAAUCCGUCGAAGAUCACGAACUGUCCGUGGCAAGCAUCGGCUCCGGAGUGAACCGGGCCCAUCCGGUGCCGCUGAGGACGUCCAGCUUUUCAGGUGAGGUAUUUGAGGGCGGUACGGUUCCGAGCACACCACGCACCACGCUGAUACCAGGACACGAAAAAUGCACAUUCCACCACGAUCUGGAACUGGACCACAAACCAUUGACCCGGGAGGAUCUGCUGCCGUUCAUGUCCAAAUCGUACCGAAUGCUGCUGAGCAGCCUCGGGGAAGAUCCCGACCGGCAGGGACUGCUCAAAACGCCAGAACGUGCUGCCAAAGCGAUGCUGUUCUUCACCAAAGGAUACGACCAAAGCUUGGAAGAGGCUCUCAACGGUGCCGUCUUCGAUGAGGACCACGACGAAAUGGUGCUGGUGAAGGACAUCGAAAUGUUUUCCAUGUGCGAGCAUCACCUGGUGCCGUUCUACGGCAAGGUUUCCAUCGGAUACAUACCCUGCAAGAAGAUUCUCGGGCUGAGCAAGCUGGCCAGAAUUGUGGAAAUCUUCUCCCGCCGGCUGCAGGUUCAGGAACGUUUGACCAAACAGAUUGCCGUGGCCGUUACCCAAGCCGUUCAACCGGCCGGCGUUGCCGUCAUCAUUGAAGGAGUGCACAUGUGCAUGGUCAUGCGAGGCGUGCAGAAGAUCAACAGCAAAACCGUCACCUCGACGAUGUUGGGCGUCUUCCGGGACGACCCGAAGACCCGCGAGGAGUUUCUCACGCUGUGUAACAACAAGUGAGCAGUGAGGGAAGAUGAUGCGUCCGAUGCCGGAAUCGUAAACGAAAAACAAUAAUUUUAGGGAAUUUUGAUCGUUUUACAUAAUAAUCACUAUGAGUGUCUAAAUCAGAAACAAACGAAAAACAAACCCAAGUCGAAAGACCAGUAAAAAUGUUGUUUCCGUGAAAAUGUUAACUGUUGAUGUUGUGAAAAAAAAAACAAAA